CGCCGCUGUCUCACAAAAGGCAAGCAGACCCCGGAAGAGACUCUUUGUGUACCUGCUUUCAUACAUUGAUUUCCAUGUACAGCUUUACUAGUGACGUUGGUCUUUCCGUCCACCUGAAAUCCCACAUUUUGACCCACAUUUCCCUGUUAUUCAGUAAAAAAACUGGGUUUCCAAUAGCCUCAGUAGAGCCAUUCCAUUAGCUGACAAACGCAGUGACGACCGUUCUGCUUGACGCAGACAUAAAUUAGGAUAGGACCUAGGACCCCAACUCGCUCAUUUCUCUUAAUGCUCUGCGAGGUUUGCAUGUUUCAUUCCAAAUUUUGACAAUUGAGCAGAUCAGCACCAAUCGCCAUGUUCAGACGGUUCAGAAGAGAGAGGGAUGAGCCACCUGAUGGCGCUAUUCGCAAGCUGGGCUUUAACGAGGAUGGCUGUGUAGCCCUUGGAGAAACUGUUUCAUUUCCUGUCACAUUUGCUGUGUUUCUCAAAUCAAAAACUGAAAUAACUCACGAGAUGAUGCUGAAAUCGUUACAGGCCGUCACCCGAAAACACCCACUAUUGAGAGUUAAAGUUAUCAAAAAUAGCGCCGGUUACAGGUACUACGUCCCCAUCGACAACUGGGAAGGUUGUCUCAACUUGACAACGAGAAAAGCAACAGAUUGGCAUCAAAUUGCAGCAGAAGCUGGUGACAAGAAAAUCGAUGCAUCAGCCGGUCCUCUUUGGUUUGCAGAUUUGUUGGAAAUGGAGGAGUUGGAAGGAACGGAAGACAAGAAGUCCUACGUUCUUAUAAUGGUUUUCAACCAUGCCAUUUUGGAUGGCAAAAGCGGUGUGUUCGUCAUGAAUGACAUCGUACGAAAUCUGAAUUUAGCAGUAGAUGGCUGUGUCGACCAAGAUGAGGCAGAGAUAUUACCGAUAGCGCCAUGCAUGGAAGAGGCUUUGCCGCCAGAGAUUCAGUUGGGGUUUUUCGGCUUUCUCAAAUUGCUUUUUGUAAUAGCCAAAUUAAUGCGGAGGGGAGUAAAUGAGUAUAUGAAACAGUAUCCAGCUCGUGUCCAAAGAGAACCUGACGUGAAAAUCGGGACUUAUUUUUAUGAUUUUUCUAUUCCAAUGGCGCCCCUCCUAGAGCGAUGUAGGGCUGAGAAGGUCACGGUGCAAGGGGCAGUCACAGCUGCAGCCUAUAUUGCACUUCUUCACGUCAUAAGAGCGAAGAACCCUGAAAUCACAAAAAUCAAGAUGGGCUCCAACUACAUAGCUGACUACAGGCGAUUUUGCAGGCCGGUUUUGGCUCCCGAUUUCAUGGGGUUUCAUGCAGUGGCAUCGCUAUUAAACCCCGUUGAAGUGACGAGCAACGUGUCAGACCCCUCAUACUUCUGGUCCAUCGCACGACGAGUUACAACGGAGAUCCACGAAUACAUCGGCGACCAAACCAGACCUAUUCAGAUGCUUCGACUAGCUAGCCGCCUAGUGAGCUACGAGAGUUUGGGAAAGAAAAUGCCGGCACAGAGAGCUCGCGGAGAGAGAGCUGCCGAUGCUUUUGGGGUGUCCAAUAUUGGCAACGUGGAUCCAAUAAUGACCGCCGGUCAACCAGGGUCCAGCGUGGAGGUCACCAAGGUUUUGUGGGGUACCAACGGAGCCAAUAUUUGCCCACCUUUCAUGCACUUUCUGAUGUCGGUGAGGGGGAAACUGGUGUGGACCCUGAAUUGGUACUCGAACAUCUCCACUGAGGAAGAGGCCGAAGCGUAUGCUAAAGAAAUUCAAGAGGUCUUGAAUCGCGCCAUUCUUUAGCCACAGUUUAGGUGCUCGUGGGAUGAUUGGCGUCGCAUGCACCAAAUAAUGACAUAGCGGUUACACCAUUUGUGACACAUCCUGGUUUUCGUUGCACCGUAUGCACGAUUUCCAGGAAGAAUGUAGCAUAUCUAAAGAAGCAAGUUUCCUGUUGACUGUUGUUUUAAAUUUGGAGGAGUCCGCCAACUAAUGUGAUUUCUCAAUUUCUGUAGCAUGAAAAGACUGAAAAAGGUCCACAUAAACAAGAAAUGUAAGAACGUUAACGUUAGACCAUUUGUGUCCUAAUCUCUGUCACAUUCUGAUUUUCUGAAGCACCAUAUUAAACCUCGAUUUUAGCAUAGCAGACGCACAUAUUUGAUAUUAGACAAAAUAUUGAUUUUUUUUUUUGUUUUUGUUUUUUCUGUGUUCUGGAUGACAGGAAUGAAGACAAGAUGGUAAACGACGUGACUGUAAUGUGCAUAGCCGCUGAAACCGACAACUCUGAGUCUCAGUUGGAAUGUAUGCUUGUAAUUUUAAUGUUAUACAGCGUACCCUCUACUUACCACCCAUGCAUGCGCUUACGUUGCCCCCUUUCCCAGUCCCUGCAAAGGAUAGCCCUUUCUAGAUCUCGAGGCUUUCAAUUUUAGCAUCGUUUUCUAAAAUUCCUUGUUUUUUAUUGAUUUUUUUUUCAAUCGGACAUGUCGUGAAGUCGAAACGGAAGAAAGUCGGCCUGUUCACUGUAUUGUUACUGCGUACGUACUUUACCUGUGACGAUGCGAUAUUCAGAGUUUGUCGAUGUUUUAAGCGCAAAUAAAUGAAUGUCUGUUAUGCUAUGAACAAAACAUUUUGUUAUCAUAUAUUGGAAAAGUCUUUAAAAAGUUUAUGUGUUCUGAU